GCUUGCGACCAAUGUCUCCGGUGGUUCUCCCACAGAACCGGUCUGACUGCUGCUCCUCAUUCAUCAGCGGGACGGUGAGCUUCGUGCAGCCUUGCGAUCCCGUCCGCCACUCUGUCUGUUCCGGCAUCCGACACCGAGGACACCGCCGCCGGCCAUCAUCCGCGAGGAUCUCUGUGGCAGUGCGUGGGAAUCUGGCAGCCAGCACACCUGGGCGGCAUUUCCAAUCAAACUGCCAGCAGCAUUUAAGGAGCAGCGGAGCCUUCAUCGGUGUCUGAUGAUUAACCAAUACUGGUUCUGAUGAAUUCCUAAUGGUUCCUUACUUUGGAGAAUUUUCUGAGAAACAAGACAUCUUCCGGAUCUUCAACAAAUGGUGCAAUCAUCUUCAACAAAUGCUGCUCCUGAUACCGCUCACACCUGCCUGCCUACCUGCUACCUGCUGGACAUAAACCUUCGGGUUCCUCAGCUUUAACUGAUCACCAGCAGGAUCCCAGCCCAUAGACCAAACUUCAACUUCCCCUAACACCCAGUUGCUGCAGGAUGAAGAUUGAUACCAAUCUGACCAUUCCUCAGCUUCCUGAGGCCCCCUCCCAAGCUGGUCUUCAGUUUGCUGUUGCCACUGAGGAAGACUUUGAUGAAAUUAUGGCAAUGAGCAAGGACAUCUAUGGUGGUCUGGACUACCUUCCCACCAGAUACACCAGCUGGCUCCAGGAAUCCAACCGCACAGUCAUUCUGGCACGCAAAGAGGGAAAAGUGAUUGCUCUGGAAUCAGCGUGUGUGAUUGAUGACGGGGAGACGAUGCUUGUGGAAGGUCUCCGUGUCGCUCCUCAGGAAAGGGGGAAGGGCGUAGCCGGAGUUCUGCUGCGCUUCUGCUCUGAGUUGGUCAAAUCCAAGUAUCCAGAUGUGAAAGUGACCCGCCUGACCCGUGACGAUCAGCUUGGGCCGAAGGACUUUGAAAAGUAUCGCCUCAUCACCAAGCAGGGCAUUCUGCUGGUACGUUUCAGAGCUGAAGAACUCAAACUGCGACUUCGCGAAAUUAUUCCGAGUGCCGGCAUUCGUUCUUCACAGCAGCCCGGUCCUCCUCCUGUGCUUCUCGAUCAAACAUCUAUCCAUCAGCUCUACCUUACCACUGACUUGAUGCACGACGUGCUUCCUAACGCCACCAUCAUUCAAGACUGGCAGCCGUUCAAGCUUCUACCGAGCAACAUUGCGAUCCUACUGAAGAAGGACAUCGACUGGCUGGUGGAUGACGUGUCCAAUCCGACUGUGGCCAGCCUCUGUACCUUCCCUUUCAAGGUGCCCAUUGGAGAUGAUUGGUAUUACCUGAACAUUGACAUGUUCGGUAGAGACCUGAGUUUGGCUGAGCAGCAGUUCCUGUGCCACCUUCAGCGCCACACAAACCACCUGAAGGGUCAUGUGAUGUGCCAGAUAUUCCUGGAGCCUGGUCUUUGGAGGCCCAUGACUGAUUUCUGUCAGAACACUUUAAAAGUAGAUUUGGUGAAAGAGUACACUGAGCAAUGUGUGGUGGAGUCAGAUCUGAUCUAGCAGAAGAAGUUAAAUGAGGUAAAGACGGAAGAAAGAGAGAAAGAAAGAAAGAAAGAAAGAAAGAAAGAAAGAAAGAAAGAAAGAAAGAAAGAAAGAAAGAAAGAAAGAAAGAAAGAAAGAAAGAAAGAAAGAAAGAAUUAAAGAGAAUAGAAUUCAAAUACACUAAAAUAAAAAAAAAAAACAAGAACUUUUUUUUGGACAGAAAGAUACUAAGAUAAAAAAGUAUAUUUUAACAAACUUACAUUCUGAUAUAUUUUAUUCAAUGGAAAGUGAACACUUAGGGGGAUGAUUAAUGCUGCAUAGUCAAAAGAGUUUCCUGCAGGUCAACAGCACAAAUAUUUUUGGCAGGGUUGUUCUGAACUGAACCUUGCAUCAAAUCCAUUGCAUGCAAAUUUAGAGACCUCUAGUGCUAAAUCUGAGGAAAAUUAACAUUUUCAGUAUGUUUGAGACAACAACAACAAAAAAAACCCCAACACAAUAGUAAAUCUAGUGUAAGACAAAAACCAUAGCCUUCUUAGCUUAUUAGUGUAUUUGAUGUUAGCUCAAUUUUGUACAUCCCGUUUGAUUUUAAAGGGUUAAGAGGAAUGGUAAGAUUCGUCUCGCUGGUAGCAAUAAUGCAUUCUAGAAUAAGUACAAGUGUUCUUUUAUUUUGAAGAGAUAACAGUCCCUUUACCUCAUUUCAAACCUUCUUCUUCUGCUCUUUCUGUAAAAACUGAAACUUUAUAUGUUUAAAGGCUGAGUUGGGGUUACUAAGUCUGCACAAGUUUAAAGGCACUUUAACAAAAACAAUGGAGGUGUUGAAUUAUAAGAAGGGGUAGUUCAGGAUCAAAUAAGUAUUACAGAUUCCCUUCAUUCCUGCAGUUGCAACAAUAACUAGGGUUAGGAAUAUCAGUUCAAAUGUGCAUUAAAAUUAUGCUAAUAUCCUCUGAUAUAAAUACCUGAUAGGUUUGGGGGUCUUGUGAACUUGACAAAACGCUCUACAAGUAGAAACCAUUUUUAAAUUUCAUUUGGGGCCAGAUGCUUCUUCCCCUUUUAUUUUUUCCCCAAGUAUUUGACUGUAAAAUAGCUAUGUAUGUAACAAAGCUAAUGUAAAAUUUUCACUUCAAUGGUACAAUGUUGUGCUAAUUAAUCUUAAAAAAAAAAAAGUACUCCGAUCCAGCUUUAUUUAUGUUCUAAAUUCAGUUCGGCCAACUGCACUGCAGCUGGACCUCCUCUGUCCGCCAACACAACACGGACAGAAAGUUUAAAAGUGUUUGUCUAUUCUUUUAUUAGUUUUGACGAGCCUCCAAGUUGAUAUUCUCACUUGUAAAGGAAGAAUAUUAUUUCUAACAGGCGAUAAAAAGAGGGAUUAAGAAAACCUAAUCCAAUAAUCCCAACGUGCGUCCUUCCAAAACCCGCCUCUCUGUGUCUGCUGCUAACGCCCGCAGACUCUGAGCAGUCAGCCGGAUCACGGCGAAGGAAAACACUGCACUUCUAUUAAAUGAAGUCAGGCUGCACAGUUCGUCACGUGCAACCAUAAAAUAUACAUGUUCUUUAAGAAAUGUAUGUUUUCUUGUUCUGACUUAAGAGUUCUCGUUUUCGCUCCGAUAUUGAACUGCUCCCACCGAGAACUCUGCUCUCACUCUGACUCUAGUGCCUCUUGCACAAAUGCAUCCUGCUUUUUGUCAGAAAGCUCCACAGAUCUGCUCUCUCAUGUUUGUGCUCCAUGGAGGUGUGGAUCAAUACUACCGAUACAGAUAUUAAUAUUGGUUCCGGAUCGAUACCAGUGUGGUACUAUUACUUUAUUAGUUGUUUUUUUUGUUUUUUUAAACUUGUUUUAAGUUUAAAAGUAGACUUCCUUCCAUAAGUGCAAGCAGCCUCUCAAGCUGAACACACAUCUGGGUGUUCGACAGGAAUUUGAUCCCAAACGCGCAACCAAACCGUUCUGAAACAUUUAGCACUGACAGGGGUAAAAUCUCACCUUUGACCUCACUAAACAAUGAGGCUGGUACAAAGUACCUGUUUUGGACGCUCUGCUCUUUGUGUUUUACAUGUAAAUAAAACAUAACAUAAAGCCAUCGCAGCUUUGCUCUGUUUAGCAGCUCCCGAGUUACGACGAAUUUUUACAUUAACUUAAAAUCCAGCGUCUUCCUGAUCUGGUGACGGCCAGGAUUCUGGUGUCAUAUGGAUUCUUGCACCAUUUUUUUUUUUUUUUUGUCCCGGUGCUCUCGGCUGAGAUUUAAGUAGGUCAUGCUUAAAUGACUAACGUUGUGAUCGUAAUAAAACUUUACAUUGCCAGGUUUAAUCACCGCCAUUUCUAAACAAGAGAAACUGAAUGCGAGCCUUUGUAGGCUAUCUUUUCCCAUCCGAUGUUUCAUUAGGGAUUGCGGUGAAGGCUUUUUAAAAUGCAUUUUUCUCAGCCGUACCCAUCUGUACUUCUCUACAAACUGCAGCACUGUUGACCGAGAUUACACCUGAAGGGCAUCAUAGUGGCUUGAUUUAAAGGGGCAGUAUUAUGUCUAAAUCCACUUUUUGUCAUUCCCUCGUCAAAAACGUACCCAUAGAGUUGCUUUGAUUCUUUCACAAAUGUUCGGGAAAUCCUUGAACUUCCCAUGGCAACCGUUCAGGUUUUUAAAAUGUCUGGGGGAACCAAAGUCCGCCUUUCAGACACAGCUCCUCUCCGGAGAUGUAGUUUCCAAGCUUCUGCCUUACAGGGCACUUUGCUCCUUCAAACUAGCAGCAGCAACAGCAAUUAGCAAACACAUCUGUUCAGCUCAUAAUAUGAACUAUUUCUCAGUUCAGUCGUCUGAUGAACGUUUGCGAACACUUCGUUGCGUAAUGUUGACGCACUGGAGGCAAAGAGCAGGAACAUCUUAAGGAGGCAGAGGCCCAAUUGCAAGAUGCUAAAUUGCAAAGUCAAAUUUCUCUUGAGUCAUGUUUGAUUAUGUACAGUGUUUUUAUAGUAAGUGAUAGUGACAGUUACUGUGUGCCUACAGAAAACACAUAAUACUGCCCCUUCAGAGGUCGAAUGGGUUCUCAGUUAAAAAAAGAACUCUGAUCAGUCCGGCCAGAGAAAGGCAGCAAAUCAUUAGGCAGGAACAUCGCCUCUCUUUCCCUGCAGUCAUUUACUUACACUUCUAAUAAAUAUAUUUUUAAUCAGAACAGUGGUCAACAUGUGCAGUGCUUUAGGAGACGGUAAACUUAUUUGUUCUGCACAGUUGCCAUUAGAAGUGGGCGGUUUUAGGAGUCAGGUCAGCUUUGGGUUGGAAGGACGGAGUGAUGAAGGUGUGUGCCUUGUCCUAUUUAUGUUUUUUUUUUUCUUUAGCAUGUCAGUUGUUUUUCUGCAAUUAAAAAGGGGGCUAUUCAAAGUUUUUAGAUUGUUUGAUAUUUCCAACAAAAAAAAACCCAUCUUAAAUAAGCUCUGUAAGUUCAUCAUAGUUACUAUUUUUGAAAAUUUGCUAAAUACGUUGGCUGUUUUUUCUUUUUUUUUUUAAAGAUAUAUAGCUGCCAUCAUUCAAGUUACCAUGCGGGUAACAUGGAGGGUGUUUUUUGGACUCAUGAAGCUCACACCCGUUUUUAUCAGCUCCAUGCACUGUAUUCACACUGUAUUUAACUUUAUUUCUUUGAGUCGAAAACAAAAAUUAUCUGCAAAUUGAUUCUUAAAAUAUUAAAACAUUAUUUUAAAUGUUUCACCAGCAAUGGGAGAGAAAUAAAAACAAGGAGACAGCAUAUAUCUCUGCAGUGGUUAUGACAGUAUUUGUUCAGACGUACAACAUGUGAAAUGUAACAGGACCACCAUCAUGUCUCCCUUUCAUCACACCUUUCCCUGUUAGUCACCUUGGUAGAUUGUUCAAGUUCUUUCUGCAGGCAAAUGUUCUGAUAAAACAGUUUCUGUCUCUUAGUUACCGUCGUGACUAAAACAAUUCCUAACUGUGCUUUGCCUCCUUUUACAUCACUGCUGACGAUGCUUAGACAAACUACCUUUUACUGAUCUACGACACUCUCACAUCCCAUAAUAAUUUAUUUCGUUCUGGUUAAAUAAAGCAAAUUAGCAAAUCUAUCUGCAUGUCUGUGUGAAUUCUUUUCUUUUUUGAUGCCGACCUUAAAACCAAUCAAGUAACGUGUGGUGAUUCUCAAACCAUUCAGGCGUCACGCUUUGCCAUCCGGGCGGAGGGCACCGUUGGACCAAUGAGCUUACAGAUAUUCAUUUAAAAUGGGUUUUUUAAACUAUUUUUUUAAAAAAUGUAUUUUUUUUUUUAGAAAGCCAUCAUUGUGAUGCUCUCUGCAUCUUCAGUAACCAGCUUAAAAUUAUUUCUGGUGUCGGCGUCAUACAUGUUAUGUCUCAUUGUGGUUUUAAAAGAAACACGUAUGUUAGUCAAAACAGAGGAUCCUUCUCUCAGGAAGCCCAACCAAUAGAUGUAGACACAAUCACAGCCGCCCAGCAGUGAGUGGAUUCUCUGUCUAUUCAGCUACACAUUCCAGAAGACACAAGUUUGUGUCACACACUGUGUCAGCUAUGAAUGUGAGGCAGUUCCCCCAACUCCAUCACUCUGUUUUUCCAACCCUGAGCUGGCUCGACUCAUCGAAACAUCUCGUUUUCCUGACGGGUCAGGCCAGACCCACAGAGACCACACUGCGCUCUGUGGGACGGUGUAAAUAGGAUUAGACCAACAGAACAAAUAUCUUUACUCGGCUUACAUGUCAGUGUGUACAUGCAUGUUUACACACAUGGUGUAGGUGUUUGCGGUUCACAGUUCUCAUUGUCCAAUUCGGUUAGUUUUCCGUAAUCCGGGACAAAACCAGCACAUUUCAAAGAACACGGAAAUGUCACAAUUAUUCAAUAAAAUCCAGUGAGAUUGUACAGUUUCUUUUUUUCAACAAGAGACUAGAAAUAAAAACAAAAAACACCUGCAGCCAUAAAAGACACAGCAUCAUGUUUAAUCCUGCUAACAGACACAAUCUGAGUAGAAGGACCAGAAAUGAACAAAAUGCAGAAGGUUUUUGUACAUGAGACACUCAACAUGUACAGAAAAAUGGUUCUGUGGCGAAGCUGUUGGUUUUUGUAAGCCAGAUGUUUUUGGGAUGUGAUAUCUGAAACAUUAAGAUAUUGGAGUUGAAAAUAUUUGUUCUUGUAUUUUGGAAGAAUAUUUUCCCAGGAAAGGAAGGCGUUGGACACCAAGCAUUUACUUUAUUUUUUUUUUGCAUUAAAUAUUUAAUAUUCAUAGUUAAUGGGCACGGAAAAGUGUGACAUCUUUACACUUUUCCAUCUACUUACAAAUAUCAAUUUUGAUUCUUUUUUUACCACUUACAUCACAAAUUAUACAUAUUAUGAUUGAUUAUGCAAUCGGUUAUCACUCAAGAGAAAGCUAAAUAUAUUUUACUGAUAUUUUCAUUACCAGAGUUUUGUAUGCCAUUCUCAGGGCACCGGUUUGUUUGUGGGGGAAAGUGGGUGUGGAUGCUAAAUACCCCACAUCCAACGGGGUCAGGAAUCCUCGAUUCGUCACCAAGACCACCUUCAGAAUCUAAACGGGGUUUCUGGACAGCGUCAUGUCUGUGUGCCGUCCACUGUGACGCAGCACACCAUUAUUUAUGCACUGAUCACUUUGAGCCAAUGACAGCCUUGAUAGGACUGUUACAAAAACACCGACAAGGCUGUCCUGUUUUCUAUACUAGAAAGCUUCAUCUCGUCGUUCCCUUGGUGACUGUAAUGCUAGGAAUCGUUUUGACAGGCAGAUGCUUUGCUAACGUACCCAUAACACUUGAACAUUUCUCGCAGUUUGUCACGUUUAUAUUUAGUUAAUACCUCAUUUUUCAACUGGAAUUGAAGGAGAAAGACCAAACGUGAAGUGUUGCAUAAUUGGGAAGAUAAACAUUUCAAACAUUUGAAAGUAUGACAUAUUCCACCCGCUUUAACUAAUCACUUCGUAGAACCACUUUUUCACUUCAGUUCCUCGGACUUCAUAAUGCCGCCAGUUCACUGAUGUUCUCCAGCAAACCUUUGGGAACUUCAAGGAACAGGUUUAAAUUGCACACAUCGGACUCAACAGAAAACACACACCUCAUUUGUCACAUUUUUAUUUUCAUAAAAUAUGUGAAAGUUGUGUAUCGCUCUUUGGAGUAGCCAGGAAUUGCUUUUCAGGCGGGUCUAAGAAAAAAUGAGAUCCCAAAAGGAAAUUAAAUGUUGUUGUAACUCAUAUUAAUUCAAA